AUGGCGGCAGGAGAGUGCCAAACGACUAACACAAAGGAGUAUGACAACGAGGAAGAUGAUCUUCUAGCCGGUCCGGAGACGGUUCUAGACGAGGGCGAUAUUGCUCUUCUCAAAACUUACGGGUUGGGUCCAUACUCGCGCGUAAUUAAGCAGGUGGAAGAUGACAUAAAGAAAGCGCAGAAAGCUGUGAAUGAUCUUAUCGGCAUCAAGGAAAGCGAUACGGGGCUGAGUCUGCCAAGCCAAUGGGAUCUUGUAAGCGACAAACAGAUGAUGCAGGAGGAGCAGCCGUUGCAAGUGGCCCGUUGCACCAAAAUCAUCAACGCCGGGGAAGAGGACGCAAAGUAUAUGAUCAACGUGAAGCAAAUUGCCAAGUUCGUCGUAGGUCUGGGCGAAAAAGUUGCACCGACUGAUAUUGAAGAGGGCAUGCGCGUGGGUGUGGACCGUACGAAGUACGCAAUUCAAAUUCCCUUACCGCCAAAGAUUGACCCUACGGUGUCGCUUAUGACGGUCGAGGACAAACCCGACGUUACGUAUGAUGAUGUCGGAGGUGCCAAGGACGCUCUGGAGAAACUUCGAGAAGUCGUCGAGCUUCCACUGCUUCAUCCUGAGAGAUUCGUUAACUUGGGUAUCGAUCCGCCGAAGGGUGUGCUCCUCUACGGCCCCCCUGGCACGGGCAAGACUCUGUCAGCUCGGGCUGUGGCAAAUCGUACUGAUGCAUGUUUUAUCCGUGUCAUCGGCAGUGAGCUCGUACAGAAAUAUGUCGGGGAAGGUGCACGUAUGGUUCGUGAGCUCUUUACAAUGGCUCGAUCCAAAAAGGCUUGUAUAGUAUUUUUUGAUGAAGUGGAUGCCAUCGGUGGAGCACGUAGCAGUUCUGAGGAGGGAGGUACGGACAACGAAGUGCAGCGUACGAUGCUGCAGAUUGUGACCGAGCUCGAUGGCUUCGAUCCUCGUGGUAACAUUAAGGUAUUGAUGGCCACGAAUCGACCUGAUACCCUUGACCCAGCGCUCAUGCGGCCUGGUCGUUUGGACCGUAAAGUCGAGUUCAAUUUGCCGGAGUUAGAAGGGCGUACGCAGAUCUUAAAAAUACAUGCCAAGAGCAUGAAUUGCGACCGUGGCAUUCGUUUUGAGCUUGUGAGUCGUCUUUGCCCCAAUACAACCGGAGCAGAAUUGCGAAGUGUCUGCACGGAAGCUGGCAUGUUCGCGAUUCGAGCUCGCCGCAAAUCUGUGAGUGAGAAGGAUUUCCUCGAUUCCGUCAACAAGGUCAUUAAGGGAUACAAAAAGUUCUCGUCGACGCCCAAAUACAUGGUCUACAAUUAG